AUGCUGAAUAGCAACUCAUUCAAUGCCACGUCAGCACCGACACCACCGCCAUGCGGCGCGCCGAUCGAUUCAGGAUCGUCAGUCGUGUUCAUUUCCGUGACAGUCGCGGCGUUCAUCGCUAUUGUAAUCGCUACUGGGAUCGGCGUCUAUGUUUUUCGCAAGCUCGGGUGGUGUGCAUAUGUAGAUCCAGCGGCCGAACGACUGCGAAAUUUUCGCCAAUCGGCGAGAGUCACCAAGCCUUCGCAGGGCCUGGAUUCAAUACUCGUUGGCUCCUUUCCGGUCUACACGUUUCGCGGCGACAAAUCGGCCAGUCGCGAAGGCACCACCGAGUCAACCGGGCUAGCUUCCCUUCACGCGAUCAGUGGCGAAGUCUCACAAUCUUUGAGCUCCUCCCGUCAAAUCAGCAACGACCACAUUUCAAUCUCUCGCUGCUUAACCAGGGAGGAGAAGAGCAGCUACGGAGAUGAUCUGGCGAAAGAAAGCCCCAAUGAAACUGGUUCAAAUGUUGGAGGGGAAAUCGUGGUAACCAUCGAAGGCGUCGAGCACUUCAUGUCUUCAUUGAUCGGCGACAGCAAGGCCCUGGUCGCGAAUCUGGCGUGGGCGUGUCGGCGCGAGUGCGCGGUGUGCCUGGGCGAGUACGCGGCGGGCGAGCGCAUCAAGGUGGUGCCGGCGUGCGCACACGGCUUCCACGCCGACUGCAUCGACCUCUGGCUCGCCGCCAAAACCACCUGCCCCAUCUGCCGCCAAGACCUCUCGCCUGGUAAAGCCGCCGUUGCUCCCACCGACUCCACCAUCCAAAUCACUCAAGAAGGGGGUUCUAUGUCUGAAGUUAUAAUUAGCAGCGGGGCAACGGCAGAAGAAACAGGGGGGGGAGGAACAGGGACAGUACUGACACCAGUACGGGCAGCAGAAGCAGCUGUGGUGGACAGGGGGGCUGGAGGACCAGUUCGCGAAUUCGUGGUAACCAUUCAAGGCGACGAGGACUUCGUGUCUUCGUUGAUCGGCGACAGCGAGGCCCUGGUCGCGAAUCUGGCGUGGGCGUGUCGGCGCGAGUGCGCGGUGUGCCUGGGCGAGUACGCGGCGGGCGAGCGCAUCAAGGUGGUGCCGGCGUGCGCACACGGCUUCCACGCCGACUGCAUCGACCUCUGGCUCGCCGCCAAAACCACCUGCCCCAUCUGCCGCCAAGACCUCUCGCCUGGUAAAGCCUCGACAGACGGGGCGGCCGUCGGGCCCCAUUCCGACGCCCCGUCCACCACUCCGCGACCAGCCACUUUCUCCGUAAGUCGUGUCCCCGCCACUCCCACUAUCCUGACUUGCACGCCCACGUUUCUCCUCCCCGCGCGCGCUCCUACCCCGAACCAGCGCGGCAUCCUCUUUCCACCCCGCGCGCGCUCUUCCCGCCUCCCGCGCGGCAUCCUCUUGCCUCCCCGCGCGCGCAUUUGCUGCCUCCCCGGCGGUCUCCUCUCACCAUCCCUAGCGUGCGGCACGCGCCUUUAUAGCGCGCGCGCCUGUUGCCUCCCCGCAUGGCCUCCCCUCAGCAUCCCGCGCGUGCUCCUCGACUACUCCAACUCGCGUGAGCCUCUCGCCUUAGCGCGCGCUUCACUUGCCUCCAUGCGCGGGCUCCUCUCACCUCCCCGCUCGUCCUCCUCUCGCCGCCUCACGCGUGCAUCUCUCGCCUCCCCGCGCCAUCCUCUCACCUCCCCGCACGUGCGACACUCGCCUCCCCUCGCGAGCUCCUCUCUCCUCACCUCCAAUGCUUGCUCCCCUCCCCUCCCCGCGCAUGCUCCUUUCUCCUCACCUCCCCACGUGUGCGACUCUCUGCUCACCCUGCGUGCGGCUCUCGCCUCCCCGCACGUGCUUCCCCCUCCUCACCUUGCGUGCUUCUCUCGCCUCCCCGCGCGUGCUCCUCACUCCUCACCCUGCGUGCUCCUCUCGCCUCCCCGCAAGUGCCCCUCUCUCCUCACCCUGCGUGCUCCUCUCGCCUCAACGCACGUGCUCCUCUCUCCUCACCAAAGGGCGUCCUCAAGCCUCCCCGCGCGUGCUCCUCUCUCCUCCCCGCGCGUGAUCCUCUCUCCUCACCGUGCGCCUCUCUCCUCACCGUGCGAGCGCCUCUCUCCUGACCUUGCGUGCUCCUCUGCUCCUCUGUUCCCCCUCUCCCCCUCUUUUUCUGCCCUGCUCCACUUUUCCCCCCUGCUCCUCUUUCGCUCUCUGCUUCUCUUUCCCCCCUCUGCUUCUCUUCGGCUCCUGCCACCCCUCGCGUUCUCCUCUCUGUUCACCCACUCGUUCUCGUCUCGCCUCCCCGCGCAUGCUCCUCUUUCCACGCCUUGCGCGCUCCUCUCGCCACCCCUCGCGUGCUCCUCUCGCCACCCCUCGCGUGCUCCUCUCGCCACCCCUCGCGUGCUCCUCUCGCCACCCCUCGCGUCCUCCUCUCGCCUUUAUAGCGAAAUGAGGGUCUUGCCUCAUUUCGUGGCCUCCACCCAUCAUCCCGCGUGUGCUCCUCCUGCCACCCCUCGCGUUCAUCUCUCUGUUCCCCUACUCGUUCUCCUCUCGCAUCCCCGCGCAUGCUCCUCUCUCCUCACCUUGCGCGCUCCUCUCGCCACCCCUCGCGUGCUCCUAUCACCUCCCCUCGCCAUCUCCCCUCGGACAGGUGGGGUGCUCCUCUCUCCUCACCUCCCGUGCUCCACUCGGACAGGUGGGGUGCUCCUCUCUCCUCACCUCCCGUGCUCCACUCGGACAGGUGGGGUGCUCCUCUCUCCUCACCUCCCGUGCUCCACUCUGACAGGGCAGGGUGCUCCUCUCUCCUCACCUCCCGUGCUCCCCUCUGACAGGUGGGGUGCUCCUCUCUCCUCACCUCCCGUGCUCCCCUCUGACAGGGCAUGGUGCUCCUCUCCUCUCGCCUCCCGUGCUCCCCUCUGA